AAUUCAUUCUUUCGUGCUCUUUCCUCGAAACUAACGUUUGUUCGCUACAUUCGCGUCACUAUCCCCUCCUUUUUUUCCUCUAGAAUAAUAUUCUGUACCCUAACCCCAUCAAUAUGAACAACAAUCUUACACAAGAAUGGUGUCUUCAAUCAAAACCCACAAAAAACUCAGCAUAAAAAGUUCAUCAAUUUCACUCACCCACUUCAAAACUAGUGUUCAGCGAUGGAUGAGAACAAACAGGGGCUGUUAGAGAGUCUAGAACGAGACAGAAUGGCAUCAUCAGCGUUAUUGCAAAACGAUUGUGUUGUACGUGAUGGUGAAAACAGGGGUUGUUUCAGGUCGACUUUUAGGAAAUUUGGGGGUUUAUGGGGGGUGUUGCGAACGGUGGUGGUUAGGGCUUACAAAAUGGGGCGAUCGGACCCGAGGAAAGUGGUGUUUUCGGCUAAGUUAGGGCUGGCGUUGUCUCUGAUUUCGUUGUUGAUAUUUUGGAAAGAGCCGCUUCCGGAUAUUAGUGAGCAUUAUGUGUGGGCUAUACUUACUGUUGUGGUUGUCUUUGAGUUCAGUAUAGGAGCAACUUUUAGCAAAGGAUUUAACCGUGCACUGGGAACUUUGUCGGCUGGUGGACUUGCUCUUGCCAUGGCUGAGUUUGCUCACUUGUGUGAACGCGCUGGGGAGCCAUGGGAUGAAGUUGUUAUUGUCGUCAGCAUAUUUACCAUAGGAUCACUUGCAACUUAUGCAAAACUUUAUCCCACAUGGAAGGCCUAUGAAUAUGGAUUCCGAGUGUUCACAUUGACUUAUUGUUACAUAAUGGCAUCUGGGUAUCGCACAAAUGAGUUUAUAGACACAGCCGUAAGUCGGUUUUUGCUAAUUGCGUUGGGUGCUGGCGUCAGUCUGCUUGUGAAUGUUGGCAUCUAUCCAAUAUGGGCCGGUGAAGAUUUGCAUAAUUUGGUAGUUAAGAAUUUCUACGGUGUUGCUAACUCUCUGGAAGGUUGUAUUAAUCAGUAUCUUGAUUGUGUCGAGUAUAAAAGAAUUCCUUCAAAAAUCCUUACUUACCAGGCUCAUGAAGAUCGGCUUUAUAGCGGCUAUAGAUCGGCUGUGGAAUCUACAAGUCAAGAGGAUACUUUGUUGGGCUUUGCUAUCUGGGAACCACCCCAUGGUGCUUACAAGAAGCAUCAUCCUUGGAGUAACUUUGUGAAAGUUAGCGGUGCUCUAAGACAUUGCGCUUUUAUGGUCAUGGCAUUGCAUGGGUGCAUACUAUCUGAAAUACAGGCCCCUGCAGAUAGAAGACGGGUUUUUCGAGACGAACUUCAAAGAGUAAGCACAGCUGGUGCUAAAGUGUUACGUGAACUCGGUAACAAAGUCAAGAAAAUGGAGAAAUUAGGGACGUCAAAUAUACUCGACGAAGUUCUUAAAGCGGCUGAAGACUUGCAAAAAAAGGUCGACCAAAAGUCAUACCUUCUUGUCGACUCAAACAGUUGGGAAAUCGGGAAACCACCAAUCGAGCUUCACGAUCCACAAGAUUUCUCAAAGAUUGAAGACCCGUAUGCAUACCACGGGUACCACUCGUUUAGUGAAACACUGCUCGAUCUUGGAAAAUCUAGGAGUAACGAAAGUGGAAGUACGACGAAUUUACCCUUUGAGGGAACAAAUGGUCUACUGCACAGGUCAUUGACCCGACAAUUCUCGCUUAAACCUGAAAGAAUGGUGAUUCUAGAUGAAGCGGAUACUUACAAGAGCGCGAGUGUGCUUUCGUUGGUGACGUUUACGUCGCUUUUGAUCGAGUUUGUUGCAAGACUUGGAAAUCUGGUUGCGGCAUUCGAAGAACUGAGUGAGAAAGCUAAGUUUAAGGCUCCACCAGUUGAGGGAAGAAGGGAAGAUGAGGUUUGUGGAAUGUGGACAAGGUUAUGUAGAUUUUUGAAGCCUAGAAAUAGAAAUGAGAACCUGUUAGUUUAGAAAUGAGAAUCUGUUAGUGUAGUUGGGAAUAAAUGGGGAUGUUUCUAUCUUUACCAAGUUUUCUCUACUUUUCUUCUUU